UUACUCUUUUUUUGUCUCAGUCUUUGUACAUUUCUGUAGAAAGCUUCUCUCUCUCUAUUUCUCUGUGUGACGGUAAAGAGACGUGAACUAAUCGAUCUGUCAUCAUAUAGGAAGUAGAGGGGUUUGUCAGAAGAACUGUAGUUCAGAGUUCCAGCAGGACAGAAUGGAGUCCACCUUGAUCUGUGUGUUACUCUUGCUGAAUACACACAUCAACUCUGGACACUGUGAAGAUGAUGAUGGAGUGGCAAAGGCUGUUCUGACCAUACACCCCAACAGCUCCCAGAUAUUCAGUGGAGAGUCUGUCACUCUCAGAUGUGUCAUACAGGGGGGAGGAGUCACUGACUGGAAAUACACAUGGCGCAAGAUUGGUCAUUCUGACUCCUCCAGUAAGAGGAAUGAACAUGAGGUCAGUGCUGCUAAGAUUUCCGACAGUGGUGACUACAGAUGUCUGGGUUCACAUCAGCAGCAGGAUUCUAAAUGGAGUGAUGCAGUCAGACUGACAGUGACACCUCUGCCCAAAGCUACACUGACUGUAGAACCAAAUCCUGUGUUCCCUGGAGAGACAGUUACUCUGACGUGUUCAGUAGAGUCUGACAGUAUCUGGAACUAUCAGUGGUACAAAGACAGGAAUGAUAAUGUAGUAUCCCAGUCUGGCAGACACACUAUAACAGGAGACACUCUCACCAUCAAUGGAUCAACAGUGAAUGAGGGUCCCUACUGGUGUCAGGGAGAGAGAGAGUCCAGACCCACUUCUUCAUCCAUCAGUGACCCUGUCACUAUCACUGUCAAUGCUCUGCCUGUGGCCUCAGUGAGUGUCUCUUCUCAGGGUCUCCUCUACUCUGGAGAGACAGUCAGUCUGCAGUGUGUCAUACCAGGCUACACAGACUGGAGGUACUACUGGUACAAAAACAACCAACACCUUCCUGAUGAGACCAGUAAAGUCAUAGAUAUCACCGUCCCCAUCACUCAGACUGGUCAGGCUGGUCAGUACAGGUGUGAAGGGAACAGAGUGUCUAGACCCACAUCUUCACUACCAAGUGAUCCUGUCACUCUCACUGUAAAAGCUCUGCCUGUGGCCUCAGUGAGUGUCUCUUCUCAGGGUCUCCUCUACUCUGGAGAGACAGUCAGUCUGCAGUGUGUCAUACCAGGCUACACAGACUGGAGGUACUACUGGUACAAAAACAACCAACACCUUCCUGAUGAGACCAGUAAAGUCAUAGAUAUCACCGUCCCCAUCACUCAGACUGGUCAGGCUGGUCAGUACAGGUGUGAAGGGAACAGAGUGUCUAGACCCACAUCUUCACUACCAAGUGAUCCUGUCACUCUCACUGUAAAAGCUCUGCCUGUGGCCUCAGUGAGUGUCUCUUCUCAGGGUCUCCUCUACUCUGGAGAGACAGUCAGUCUGCAGUGUGUCAUACCAGGCUACACAGACUGGAGGUACUACUGGUACAAAAACAACCAACACCUUCCUGAUGAGACCAGUAAAGUCAUAGAUAUCACCGUCCCCAUCACUCAGACUGGUCAGGCUGGUCAGUACAGGUGUGAAGGGAACAGAGUGUCUAGACCCACAUCUUCACUACCAAGUGAUCCUGUCACUCUCACUGUAAAAGCUCUGCCUGUGGCCUCAGUGAGUGUCUCUCCUCAGGGUCUCCUCUACUCUGGAGAGACAGUCAGUCUGCAGUGUGUCAUACCAGGCUACACAGACUGGAUGUACCUCUGGUUCAGAGACAACCAACAGCUUCCCAGUCAGACCAGUAAAAGCAUCACAUUCCCCAUCACUCAGACUGGUCAGUACAGAUGUGAAGGGAAGAGGAGAGAUCAUCCCCAGAGGUCACAACCCAGUGAUUAUGUCACCCUAAGUGUCACUGCCUUUCCCAAAGCUACACUGACUGUGAAGCCAAACCCUGUGUUCCCUGGAGAGACAGUUACUCUGACGUGUUCAGUAGAGUCUGACAGUAUCUGGAGCUAUCAGUGGUACAAAGACUGGAAUUAUAAUGUCGUAUCUCAGUCUGUCAGACACACUAGAACAGGAGACACCCUCACCAUCAGUAGUGUUGCUGAGUCUGACCAGGGUCUCUACUGGUGUCAGGGAGAGAUCCAGUCCAGAUCCAUAUCAUCAAUCAUCAGUAAUCCUGUCACUAUCACCCUGAAUGCUCUACCCAGAGCAUCAGUGAGUAUCUCUCCUCAGUUUGUCCUCUACCCUGGAGAUACAGUCACUCUGCAGUGUGACAUAUCAGACUACACAGACUGGACGUACUACUGGUUUAUAGACAACCAACAGCUUCCCAGUCUGACCAGAAAAACCAUCACCAUCUCUCUCCCUGACAAGGCUGGUCAGUACAGGUGUGUUGGGAUGAGGAGAAGUCGGCCCCAGAUGUCAUAUUACAGCUCAGCUCUCCCCAUCAUCAUCACUGCUCUGCCCAAAGCUACACUGACUGUAAAACCCAACCCUGUGUUCCCUGGAGAGACAGUUACUCUGACGUGUUCAGUAGGGUCUGACAGUAGCUGGAGCUAUAAGUGGUACAAAGACAGGAAUUAUUAUGUAUUACCCCAGUCUGUCAGUCACACUAUAACAGGAGACAACCUCACCAUCAGUAGUGUUGCUGAGUCUGACCAUGGUCUCUACUGGUGUCAGGGAGAGAUCCAGUACAGAUCCAUAUCAUCAAUCAACAGUGAUCCUGUCACUAUCACCCUGAAUGCUCUGCCCAUGGCCUCAGUGAAGAUAGUCACUCCACAGGGUCUCCUCUACCCUGGAGAGACAGUCACUCUGCAGUGUGACAUAUCAGAAUACACAGACUGGACGUACCGCUGGUUCAGAAACAAUGAAGAGCUUCUCAUUAAGACCAGGAAAACCAUCGCCAUCUCUCUCCCUGACCAGGCUGGUCAGUACCAGUGUGUUGGGAUGAGGAGAGGUCGGCCCCAGAUGUCAUAUUACAGCUCAGCUCUCCCCAUCAUCAUCACUGCUCUGCCCAAAGCUACACUGACUGUAAAACCUAACCCUGUGUUCCCUGGAGAGACAGUUACUCUGACGUGUUCAGUAGGAUCUGACAGUAUCUGGAGCUAUAAGUGGUACAAAGACAGGAAUGAUAAUGUAGUAUCCCAGUCUGGUUACAGUAACAUUGGAGUCUCUCACAUCAGUAGAGCUGCUGAGUCUGACCAGGGUCAGUACUGGUGUGAAGGGAACAGAGUGUCUAGACCCACAUAUUCACAACCAAGUAAUGCUAUUACUCUUACUGUAAAAGAUAGUCGUCCGACGGCCACACUGAGUUCUGACAACCAGGGUAUAUUCACAGGAGACAGAGUGACACUGAGCUGUACUGUAGAGUCUCCUGGAUGGAAGUUUUACUGGUACAGACACAGACCAGACUCUACACCAGUAACCACAACCUCUGGAUACUCCUACACACUCAGCAGGGUCAGUGUCUCUGAUGGAGGACAGUACUGGUGCAGAGCUGGGAGAGGAGACCCAGUCUACUACACCCUGUACAGUGACCCAGUCCAGAUAAACAUUACUGAGAGGCCUGUUGCUGUUCUGACCCUCCAACCCAACUGGACCCAGAUAUUCAUUAGAGAGACUGUCACUAUGAGAUGUGACAUACAGGGAGGAGGAGACUCUGACUGGAACUACAGAUGGUAUAAGAAUAGUCAGUUAUUCAUCCCCUUUAACACAAAGCCUGAGUACAGAAUCAGUCCUGUCUACUGGUCUAACAGUGGUUCAUAUACCUGUGAGGGUGUAAAGGGAAACAAGUUCUCCAAGACCAGUGAUGCUGUACAACUGACUGUGUCUGAUCAACCCAAGGCUGUCCUGAGUAUCUUUCCUCAGUGGAUGAACCCUGGAGACUCAGUAAUGCUGAGCUGUGAAGUUGACAAGACGUCUACAGGCUGGAGGUUCUCCUGGUACAGGACUGUUCCCUACAGAGCUGGGUUACCCUCCCUAUCAGACAAGUCUUACUCUCUACAGCCCCUAUCUGACAAUGUGACUAGUGAAGACUCCUACACUCUGAUCCCUGCUGGUCCUACUCCCACAGGAGGAUAUGUGUGUAGAGCUGGGAGAGGAGACCCAGUCUAUGAUACACUCUACAGUGAACCUCAGAUUCUCUGGUCAGGAGAUCUGCAGCCUUCAGUGUCUCUUACAGUAAAUCCCAACACAACUCAACACUUUACAUCAACGUCUCUCUCACUGAGCUGUGAGGAGAAGGGGAACUCUACUGGAUGGACACUGAUGAGAUACACAGAGAGAAGAGUGAAGUCGGGGUGUUUCUCUAACUGGGGAUCAAUAACAGGGUCUACAUGUACCAUCAGCUACACAUACACAGGAUACAGUGGAGUGUUCUGGUGUGAGUCUGGAUCAGGAGAGUACAGUAAUGCUGUCAACAUCACAGUAAAUGAUGGUGAUGUGAUCCUGGAGAGUCCUGUCCAUCCUGUGACUGAAGGAGACUCUGUGAAUCUGACCUGUACAUUUAGACAUCAGGGAAAAAAUCCUAACCCCAAGACUGAUUUCUACAAAGAUGGAACACUCAUCAAGAAUGAGACCACAGGAGAGAUGACCAUCCCUGCAGUAUCCAAGUCAGAUGAAGGAUUCUAUAAGUGUAAAUCUGGUGAAGGAGAAUCACCAGAGAGCUGGGUGACAGUGAGAGUCUUUCCAGUCGUAUCUCCUGGAUCCUCUACAUCAGUCCUAGUAGGAGUGGUUGUGGGUCUGCUUGUUGCUGGUGUCCUACUGGUCAUUCUCCUGGUCCUGCUGGUGAGAUAUCAAAACAGCAAAGGUUCCUGUUUCAACAGAAUAUUCUGGCCCCCUCAGCCCCAGAGCACCAACCAGGACCCCCAACAGGACCAAGGAUCUGGGUAUACACAUCAGCAGCAUGGUGAUGCUAACAUCUACGAUACGAUCAAUUCCUCAGACAACAAUGAUAAUGUGGAGGUGUUUGUGUAUUAUGUCUCAGAUGUUACUGGUGCUUCUGCUGCUGGACCAAGUCAUGUGACUUACGUGCAGAUUCAACUGAAAAAGUUGGACAACAAAAAGAAAGAAAAACUAGCUGAUCCAGCUAAAGAUCCAGUCUACUCUGUGGUGAAAACAGGGAAAGCGACGGCAGCAGCUGGACCUGAUGUCACCUAUGCUGAGGUGGACCUCAAAAACAAGGUCAAAGCCAAGAAGAAGAGAGCAGGAGCUGGAUCUGUUGAUGUGACCUAUGCUGAGGUUGACCUCCAAAGAAAGGCCAAAGCCAAGAAGAAGAGAGAAACACCAACCCCACCAGAGACGGAUUCAAUCUAUUCUCUAGUGAAGCCAUACACAGUCCCCGGAGCAGCAGGACCUGUUGAUGUGACCUAUGUUGAGGUUGAUCUCCAAAAGAAGGUCAAAACCAAGAAGAAGAGAGCAACCCCACCCGAGGCAGAUUCAGUCUAUUCUCAAUUGAAGCCACGGUCAUGCCCCGGUCCUUGAGGGAGAUGGAGGGACACAUCAUCAGAGGAGGAGCAGGAAAUACCUUGCAAUAUAGAUUAUUCACACAUGCGCGCACAGACACACAAGCACACCCACAGAUACACACACAUAAAGGAUUUAUAUAUAUAUAUAUAUAUAUAUAUAUCUCAACAAAUAUAUUUGAUUUAAUAUUGGUUUAACUGUGUAUAACUGCAACAGGUUUUGAAACAAUGAUAUGGUGUUAUGAUUAUUAUCUGUAGCUACAGCAAGUGUAGUGUAUUGAGUUGUUGUGUUGUAAAUCUAUUGGCAUGUAUUGUCUUUGGUUUAUUACUUCUGUCACUCAGAUGAUAGAAUACUACACUACACAGCCAAAAGUAUGUGGACACACAAGUGGAUUCUGCUAUUACAGCCACACCCCUUGCUGACGGGUGUAUAAAUUCGAGCACAGUAAUGCGAUCUCCAAAGACAAACAUUGGCAGUAGAAUGGCCGGUACUGAUGAACUGUCACUUUCACCGUAGAACCGUUAUUGGAUGCCACCUUUUCAACAAGUCCGUUCUUUAAAAUUUCUGCCCUGGUCAACUGCAAGUGCUGUUAUUGGGAAGUGGAAACGUCUAGGAGCAACAACUGCUCGGCCGCGAACUGGUAGGCCACACGAGCUCACAAAAGCAAAGUCAGCACAAGAACUGCUAGUCGGGAACUUCAUGAAAUGGGUUUCUAUGGAUGAGCAGUCGCACACAAGCCUAAGAUCACCAUGCGCAAUGCCAAGCAUCAGCUGCAGUGGUGUGAAGCUCGCCACAAUUGGACUCUGGAACAUUGGAAAUGUGUUCUCUGGAGUGAUGAAUCACGCUUCACCAUCUGGGAGUCAGACGGACGAAUCUGGGUUUUGCGGAUGAAGGAGAACACUACCUGUCCCUAUGCAUCAUAGUGAAACUGUAAAGUUUGGUGGGGAAGGAAUAAUGGUGUGGGGCUGUUUUUCAUGGUUCGGGCUAGGCCCCUCAGUUCCUGUGAAAGGAAAUCUUAACGCUACAGGAUACAAUGACACUCUAUACAAAUCUGUGCUUCAACUUUGUGGCAAUAGUUUGGGGAAGGCCCUUUCCUGUUUCAGCAUGACAAUGCGCCCGUGCACAAAGUGAGGUCUGUACCGAAGUGGUUUGUCGAGAUUGUUGUGGAGGAACUUAACUGGCCUGCACAGAGCCCUGACCUCAACCUCAUUGAACACCUUUGGAAUGAUUUGGAACGCCGACUGCGAGCCAGACCUAAUCGCCCAACAUCAUUGUCCUACCUCACUAAUGCUCUUGUGGCUGAAUGGAAGCAAUUCCCCACAGCAAUUUUCCAACAUCUAGUGGAAAGAUAUCCCAUUAAAGUGGAGGCUAUUAUAGUAGCAAAAGGGGGACCAACUCCAAAUUAAUGCCCUUGAUUUUGGAAUUAGAUGGUUGACGAGCAAGUGUUAUCAUACUUUUGGCCAUAUAGUGUAUAUACUGAACAAGAAUAUAAAACACAACAUGUAAAGUGUUGGUCCCACGUUUCAUGAGCUGAAAUGUUUCACACACACAAAAAGCUUUUUCUCAAAAAUGUUUUGGGAAAAUGUGUUUACAUCCCUGUUAGUGAACAUUUCUCCUUUGCCAAUAUAAUCCGUAUACCUGACAGCAUGAUCAUUACACAGGUGGUGCUUGUGCUGGGGACAGUAAAAUACCACUCUAAACUGUGCUGUUUUGUCACACAACACUAUUGUAAGGGAUCUCGUCCUCCUCUUCUGAGGAGGAUAAGCGAGAAGGAUCGGAGGACCAAAACGCAGCGUGACACGGAAGAGAAACACCCACCACCAGAGGACCAGGCAGCGUGGUAACGGGCAGCAGCAGGAGAGGCAGCGAUAUUUGGAGAACUGGACUUGGGAGGAGAUUCUGGACGGCAAAGGACCCUGGGCACAGUCACAGUCAGGGGAAUAUCACCGCUCCAAAGCAGAGCCGGGGGCGAAUAGAGAGGCGGAGAAGUGAGUGUUUCUGUAACGAGUGUCGUUGUAGGUGGAAGGAGGUCAGGACCAAAGCGCAGCGUGAGAACCGUCUUCACAACUACGUGUAACCACGUCAGCCCAGGACUUCCACAUCCGGCUUCUUCACCUGUGGGAUGGUCUGAGACAAGCCACCCGGACACCUGAUGAAACUCUGGGUUUCCACCAAAAAAUGUGUCAGAAGCUGUCUCAGGGAAACUUAUCUGUUUGCUCGUCGUCUUCACCAGGGUCUUGAACUGACUGCUCUUUGGUGUUGUAACGGACUUCAGAGGGCAAUGCUCACCUAACGGUUAAAACUGUAUUGGCAUGAUAAUGCAAGGCCCUACAUCUCAAGGAUCUGUACACAUUUCCUGGAAGCUGAAAACGUCCCAGUGGCCUGCAUAAUCACCAGACAUGUCAGCCAUUGAGCUUUCUUUGGGAUAUUCUGGAACGACAUCUACAACAGUGUGUUCCAGUUCCCGCCAGUAUCCAGCAACUUCACACAGCCAUUGAAGAGGAGUGGGACAACAUUCCACAGGCCACAAUCAACAGCCUGAUCAACACUGCCGCGCUGUAUGAGGCAAAUUGUGGUCCCACCCGAUACUGACUGCUUUUCUGAGCCAUGCCCCUACAUUUUUAAAAGGUAUCUGUGACCAACAGAUGCAUAUCUGCAUUCCCAGUCAUAGGAAAUCCAUAGAUUAGGGCCUAAUGAAUUUAUUAAAUUUGACUAAUAUCUAAUAUACAUAUACAUUGACUAAUUUACAUGAACUGUAACACUUGUUGCAUGUUGAGUUUAUAUUUGAAUUCAGUGUAUUAGUAUAUACAUUUCACAGAAUAUUAGAAUUAUACACUUUUUUUUAAAGACUACUUUUACCAUUCACAAGAGGGCAUGAAUGCACAAGUAAACGGUUAUAGUCAACUCAUCCAUACAACCGUCUUUCAGCCUUUCUUUCAGCCUUCCUUUCAGCCUAAAAUAGUUUUGGGGCUCCCAAUGUGUGAGUUCAAGGGACAACCUGUGAUUGGUACAUACAUUUUGGGAAUCUUAAAGAAUAUAUCUUGCAAAUGCCUCGUGAGCUUAGUUGCCAAUAGAGAUUUUCAUCAUUAAUUUUUAAAUAAAGGUGUUGAAAUGGA